AUGAAGAGCGUGAAUUUGCCCUGGGUGUUGAAACUGCCAGGAAAAGAAUCGGAAAUAACAGAAAGAAAACAAAUCAAAGCGACAUUAACUGUCAUAUUACUUGCAGCUGAAUUUGCUCAUCGAUCGCUGAUCAUCAAUCUUCAACAGCUGAGCCUUCCACUCUACGGUCCUGUUCAACCACGGGAACGUUUUCUUCUGCCGCUAUCACUUUCCCAUAUAUACGGAGUUAUAUCCGUUUACUAUGCACUGGUUAAUGGCGCUGCUGUCUACAUGCUGUCCAAAGUGUCGCCGAAAACUCUUGUGGAUAACAUAGUAAACCUGAAUAUUAAUGUCUCACAUAUCACGCCUGCGAUGGUCUUGUGGCUUGCAAUGGAUUCGGCACUAGAAGCGCUUCAGACGAAUAGCCUUCGAUCACUGCUAGUGGCCGGUGCACCAAUUGACGCAAAUUUGGCGAAUUAUGCUAAGCGGAAAAUGCACCUAAAGGAUUUGAGACAAUCAUAUGGCAUGACUGAACUCGGAGGCUUAUGCACGUUGUCUCCUUAUGAGUUCGACAAGAUUGAGAGCGUUGGAGCACCGCUCCCCGGGAUGCUCUUCAAGGCAACAUAUGGCAUGACUGAACUCGGAGGCUUAUGCACGUUGUCUCCUUAUGAGUUCGACAAGAUUGAGAGCAUCGUUAGCUGGGAAACUAAACAGCUUUGUCCUCCUAGAACCCCUGGACAGCUAAUGAUAAUUGGACCGCAAGUUAUUCCAUGUUACUAUAAAAAUCCCAAAGCGACAGCAGAAAUACUUGACUCGAGCGGUUAUGUAAAAACAGGUGACGCCGCGUUUUAUGACGAAUCCGGUAACAUUUAUGUGUUGGAUCGCAUGAAGGACAUCAUCAAAUACAAGGGAACCUUGGUUUGUCCAUCAGAAGUAGAGCUAACGCUCAGAGUUCAUCCAGGAAUCGAUGAUUGUGCUGUUGUCGGGAGGCAGGAUCAUGUUUCCGGAGAGGUGCCUGCCGCAUUCGUUGUAAAGAACCCAUCGCACCAACUGCUCUCGUCAGCUGAGGUUCGACAGUAUGUUUCAGGAAAAAUCCCAACAUUCAAAGAACUUCGAGGCGGAGUAUUUUUCAUAACGGAAAUUCCGCGAAGUGUAUGUGGAAAAGUUAUCCGCAGACAAUUGCGACAGUUCUGGGACAGAGAAAGAACGAAUUCAAAGGAUGUUAUUUCAAAGGACGGUAAACCAGCGAAAUUGCUUGACAGGAGUGAAAAAGUUACCAGUAAGAAGACCAACGGCACGACAACCCCAACAAAAAAGCCGCCUAGUCGGCCUCAGAAGAAGUAG